ACGACAAUCGUUACAGAAAUCUCUAAAACCUCUUGCUCCCUCGUAUUCUCUCUGACACUUGUCAAAUCUCUCCUGAUUCCCUCUUCUUCCUCCUCACUUGUGGUCUUCUAAUUCACUGUACUCUUAAUUAUGCCUCUCUCUCUCUCUGAUCUAACUGCAUAAAUGCAGAUGUAAGAUGGUUUCAUGAUUGUGUCGUCGUUGGAGGCCCUCUGAAGGGCUGCCAAGAUGGACCGAAGAAGUUGGUUGUGGCGGAGGAAAUCUUCAGAGAAGAGUCCAGGCGAGACUGAGAGUACGGGAUCCUUGUCUUCUCAUUCUGAAAGAUUCUCCGAUGAUCAGGCAUAUGCAUCUCACAGCACUCAAUCACCAGAAGUCACUUCCAAAGCCACAUUAAACGAUGAAGAUACUACUGAAAGCGUGAAGACGUUGAGUGAUAAAUUAUCUGCGGCUCUUCUUAAGAUCAGUGCCAAGGAGGACUUGGUAAAGCAGCAUGCUAAAGUUGCAGAAGAGGCUGUCUCAGGAUGGGAGAAUGCCGAAAAUGAAGUGUUGGCUUUAAAACAGAAACUUGAGACAGCUAAUCAGAAGAAUUCAGCUCUUGAAGACCGGCUUGGUCAUCUUGAUGGGGCAUUGAAGGAAUGUGUGAGACAACUUCGACAAGCAAGAGAAGAGCAGGAACAGAAGAUCUGUGAAGUGGUUUCAAAGAAAACUCAUGAAUGGGAUUCUUUAAAGUCUGUCCUUGAGGAUCAACUUGUUGAGCUUCAAGUUCAGCUUCAAAGUGUUAAAAAAGAAGCUGCUGCAUCCUUUGAUUCUGAUCUUCAACCAAAGCUUGAGGCUGCUGAGAAGGAGAACUCGGCCCUUAAAUUAGAGAUCCUUUCUCAAGCCAAAGAACUUGAAUUUAGGAUUAUUGAGCGAGACCUGAGCACUAAAGCUGCUGAAACAGCCAGUAAGCAACAUUUAGAGAGCAUAAAAAAGGUGGCUAAGCUUGAAGCUGAUUGUCGGAGACUAAAAGCCAUAGCUCGAAAAGUGUCGCAGAUUAAUGAUCAAAAGUAUGCAUCCUCUGUGUAUGUAGAAUCUUUCACGGAUAGCCAGUCUGAUAGUGGAGAGAGGCUAUUAACACUUGAAUCUGGUUCUCUUAAAAUGAGUUGUUUGGAAACAAAUGAAAGUGAUUCAAGCCAGUCAAGUUUAUGGGGAUCUUCUUUAGUUACAGAACAUCACUUUGAAAAUGAAAAGAACCAUGAAAGAAACAGAAUGGCUCCUUUAGUAGAAAUCAAUCUCAUGGAUGAUUUUCUGGAAAUGGAAAAGUUUGCUGCAUUGCCAGUCAUAGAAAGUGGAAAUAGACGCAUUGAGGCAGGACCUAUGUCAGAUCAAUCUAAUGGUGGCGAAAGCCUGAAAGCUGAUCUUGAAGUUAUGAUUCACAAGACUGUAAAACUUGAGGAGGAGUUAAAAAAAAUUGUGGAAGAAAAAGAGGAACUUGAGAAGGCACUGAGUGCAUGCCAGAAGCAGCUUGAGACAUCACAAAGUCAGCUAGUAGAAACUGAAAUGGAAUUGCAGGAGCUGCAAAUAAAGAUGGUUCUUGCAAAUGAAGUAAAGAAAGCUGCAGAGGAAGAAGUAAAAGCAUCACAAGCUAAGAGAGAAGUGGCAGAGUCUCGACUGAGAUUAGUUGAAAAUGAAGUCAACACCUUGCUCUUAAAAGCGGCUUCAUCAGAGGAAGAGGUUCAGAAUGAGAGAAUUUUAUCUGCUGAUAAAACUGCCAAAUGCCAGAAAUUGGAGGAUGAACUAUUUAACCUUAAACGCGAAGCUGAGGACCAGCGAGAGGCUGAGUUCCAGCGUACCAAAAUUGAUAGUGUCAAUCUGAAGAUUAAGCAGGAAAACGAGCUAGCUUUGGCUGCGGAUAAGUUCGCCGAGUGCCAGAAAACAAUAGCAUCACUUGGGCAGCAUUUGAAGUCUCUUGCUAGUCUGGAAGAUUUCCUAUUGGACUCUGAGAAGCAGUUGGAUCCUCAUCCUACUAGUGCGGUGGACAUACAGAGCUACGUAAGUGGUAAUGAAGCACAUAAUUUGCACUCCAGUAAUUUAAGUUUGUCAGAAAGAGGUGCUGCAUUUUCAGAAGCGGCAGCAACAAAUAAUUGGUCGUAUUCUUCAAAUAAGAAAACCGAGAGAAAGUCAUCAUUAUCAUUAGACCCAGCCAUUCACUCUGAGAAGAACCCAAAUGGUUUUGGAAAGCUUUUCCCGAGGAGUAAGAAUUAAAUUAAAUUAAAUCCAAAAAAUCGGUGGCAAUCAAUAUAAAAUAAAUUGUAGAAAGCAACUAGGUGUAAGUAUCUCUUUGUAAAGUUCAACCAUCUUAUUAUACAAUGGAUUCAAUGCAUGUAAAUCAAUAGUUGUUUUCACAUUCAUGGUGCUUUAUUGAAAUGAAAAUUAUUGAAACGGUGGCAACAAUAAGUAAAUUUGAAAUACAAUUCUUUCAA